AUGAAGGUUGAAAUUGAUUCCUUUUCCGGUGCUAAGAUCUACCCAGGCAGAGGUACUCUGUUUGUCCGUGGUGACUCCAAGGUGUUCAGAUUCCAAAACUCCAAGUCUGCUUCUUUGUUCAAGCAAAGAAAGAACCCAAGAAGAAUCGCUUGGACUGUCUUGUACAGAAGACACCACAAGAAGGGCAUCACCGAGGAAGUCGCCAAGAAGAGAUCUAGAAAGACUGUCAAGGCCCAAAGACCAAUCGUUGGUGCUUCUUUGGAAUUGAUCAAAGAGAGAAGAUCUAUCAGACCAGAUGUCAGAAAGGCUCAAAGAGAAGAGAAGAAGAAGGCUGAGAAGGCCGCAAGAAAGGCAGACAAGGCCGCAAGAAAGGCUGAGAAGGCCAAGCAAGUCGCUGCUGGUGCCGUUAAGAUCUCCAAGCAACAAGCCAAGGGUUCUUUCCAAAAGGUUGCUGCUACUUCCCGUUAA